AAAAGGAAAUUUAUUUACCUACGCGGAAUCAAGCCACGGUUUUUUACUCAGCCCGUCGUCGUAGCAAUAACACAGUCGUCGGGCCUCCCAAUCUAAAGCAGCGAGCUUUUGCUUUCUUCUCAUUCUCUAUCUAACGCCAUGUCUCAGGUCGAUAACAGAAAUUCCUCCGCAGCCAAGCGGGCUAGAACUGACGGUAGUCGCAGGGAAGAUGAUUGGACAUGUCCAAGUUGUGGCAAUGUCAAUUUUUCAUUUAGGACAACUUGCAAUAUGCGUAAUUGCACCCAGCCCAGGCCAGCUGAUCAUAACUCGAAAUCUGCUGCCAAGCCAAUGCAAGCCCCACAGAGUUACUCAUCUUCAGCUCCUUAUGUAGGUUCUGGUGCACCUUCUUCAAUGUAUAUGGGUGUGCCACCAUAUGGAUCAUCCCUUUUCAAUGGAUCUUCUUUUGCUCCAUAUGAUGUUGCAUUUCCUGGGGGUUCAGCUUAUCAUUAUAAUUACAGCAGCCGCCUUUCUGCUGGCAGCCCGUACAGGCCACUGCAUAUGUCUGGACCGCCUCCUUUUUCUGGUGGAUCUAUGAUGGGGAAUGGUGGGAUGUAUGGUAUGCCACCCUUGAUGGACCGGUAUGGGUUGGGUAUGCCAAUGGGCCCUGCUGCAAUGGGGCCUAGGCCAGGCUUCUUUCCAGAUGAUAAAUCUCUGAAAAAGGGUGCAGAUGCAACGCGGGAUAACGACUGGACAUGUCCAAAAUGUGGGAAUGUCAACUUCUCUUUUAGAACUGUUUGUAACAUGAGGAAGUGCAAUACACCAAAGCCGGGAUCCCAGCCUGCAAAGUCAGAGAAAAAUUCCAGACAAAAAAUGCCUGAGGGAAGCUGGAAGUGUGAGAAAUGUAACAACAUAAAUUAUCCAUUCAGGACCAAGUGCAAUAGACAGAAUUGUGGAGCUGAGAAACCCGCUCAAUCAAAGAAGUCCCCUUCACCAGUGGCAGAUGAGAAUGAUCAGGACUGAGUGAUUCCAGCAGGCAGUAUCUUGGUGCUGUUGAAUUACACUUGAGCUUUGGAUGGCUGGUGCCUUUCCAGCCUGGUAUGCUUCAAGUCACAAGUGUGGUUUGUAUUUGAAGCUGGGUUAAAAAGAGUAAAAUUUCCAAUCCAUCUUCCCGGUAAUGAAUGCUAUGCGCAGCAUGGUUGAGGUGAAAAGAUAGUACACCCAAUUUGUUGUGGGCGAAGCGAUGAGAUUUGGCAUGUUCCUUUUUAGUUGUGGGUGUGCUCUGGACUGUAUUUUUCUCUGCUCGGUGCUCAAGUAGCCAAUCCAUUUUUUUGUGUGACAAUAGAUUUUUCUAUGCUCCUGGUCCAUGCAUAAUGUGGGAACAAAUAGAAGGACCACUAACUAUUAGUAGGAGAAGAGUUGGAAUGGAAAGGAAGCAAUGGUGCUAUUUCAGAAUCAUGCAUUUGAUUACGUGGAAGUAUUUGAGUGAUUUUCUUUAUAAUAUCUGAUUUUGGGAUUAAAAAUCGAGUAGGGAGGGUUUUAUAUUAAGGUUUAUUUUGUUCAUGGUUGGGAUUAAUUUUUUUAACAACAUUUUGAAAAUAUAAAUUUUUAAUAUUAUUAUUUUUUUAAUUGAAAAUGUAAAAGAGAAAUGGCAUAGUCAAAGCGAGCGACAGCCACCUGUUAACGAUUGAGACUUGGGGAUGUGGUAUGCCGACUUGUACGAUUUUAUAAGUAAUUUAUAAUUUUUGGUAAUAGAUAUUUUUUCGGCAAAUAUAAAUUAGAAAAAUAUAUUCGUGAUGUACAA